CCGUGCUGGGCUGAAUGAGGUGCAGCAGCGCGAGAACGCGCGUGUACACGCUCAGCUCAGCGACAGGAAGGAUGCGGUUCUGGGUCUGUGGAGCAGUCUUCGCUUUAGUCCUCUGUGUGCACUGCUGAAUCUGAGGGAGAUAACAGUUAAUUACAUCUGACUGCUGUACGGAUGUUUUUAGUGGACUGAUACCAAACUCGGGGCAAAACUCGAGGAAAUGUAUGGAAUUUACUGAAUAUAGAUCCGAGCCGUUAGCCUAGGUUACCUACCUGAGGACAAGGAGCAGGAGAAGGUGGAGGGAUACACAAAGCGGCGCGGUGUCUGGACUGCUUACAAUAAACGGUUCGCUCCAGCUCCAGAUCCGAAGUCCUUGGGCCACAGCCAACGUUAAAGACGAGUGUUUGUUUGCAGAGAGUCUUUCAUUAGAAAACACUGGAUGUACCUGCAAUUUCCAUCUCUUCAGAAAAGCAAAACUACACCCUUGACUGUUCUGGACUAGACAGCUAGAGCUUUUCCCGAAUUGUAAUUGUGAAAGGAUUGAAAGGAUUGCAAGUAUGCCAAUCUUAAAGCAGCUAGUGGCGAGCUCAUCGCAGACCAAGCGUCGCUCCCGCAUGGACCUCACAACAGAGAUGAUCAGUGCUCCUCUAGGUGACUUCCGUCACACCAUGCACGUGGGCCGAAGUGGCGAUGCUUUUGGGGACACGUCGUUCCUCAGCAGCCACUCUGGAGAGCCACCGCGAGAUUCUACAUAUCCCCGCUCACCCAAGCCUGGCCUGCUCUCCAGAACCUUUAGGAGCAGCAAACGUUCCCAGUCCGUUACUCGUGUGGACCAGCGGGAGAACACGUUUCUGCCUCCUAGUGGCUCACCUACCUUUGUGAAGACCGCCAUGUCUUUGCCUUUUUUGAACGAACAGGAUGCUGGAGAAACCGGGGGUGGCAGGGUGCUCAAGAGCCUGGCCUCCAGCCCCGUAAGACAGCAGCCGUCCAACGGCGCAUCCGCCGACGGCCUGGACCUGGAACUCCAUGAACGUUGCUUCGGAGAGCUGACUGAUUUGCGCCCAUCGCCGACUUACAACGGAGGAGGCGGCUUGAAAAAAGCAGAGUCUGUGAUGUCCUUCCACGUGGACUUGGGGCCGUCCAUGAUGGAAGACAUCCUAGGAGUCAUGGAGAAGGAAGAAGAUGACCUUGGGUUCGAGGAAGGCAAGAACAGCGAAGGACGGGCAUCCCCACUUCUCGAUCUCCAAGAAGCAGAGGAAGAUGAGGAGGAUGUGGAGCAGCAGCAAGAUGCAAGGGAAGAAACUGGGGAUGAGGAGGUUCUGGACCUGAAACAGGAGCAGGAGAUGCAUUUGGAGAUGCAGGAGGAACACGAAGUUCCUCACAGGGCACCCAGCUCUGUAGACCUGGAGAUCCAAAGCGAGGACACCAGCACCCCUGAGCUUCAGCCAAAACACAUGCAACAACCUGACAGUUGCUCGGUGUCCAGCUCUGGCUCUCAUGCCUUGGAGGAUAAACCAUCAAACCAGGUGUAUGGAGGAGACGUAGACAGCUCCAACUACAGCUACAAUCCAGGGGAGGAGGGGGCCUUUUCUUCGUUUUUGGAGGACGAGGACGACGAGAUCCGUGUAUGAGACUCAUGUAUACAAGACUUCAAUCUAAAGGAUAUUGUGUGUAAAUAUAUAUAUAUGUGAAAUUGUAUAAAUAAAGUCCAGAAAAGAACUGCUACCAGGUCCUGCAAAGGGAGACCUGAACUUGACAGAGGAAAUCAGGGUAACUGCCUUGGAUAGAUAGCGGAUACUUGGAGAGCGCCACCAUCUGCCAAACUUGGCCCUCUGCGACUCAACCAGGUCACAGCAGGCCCUACUGUUUGCAUCAGGAGUUCGAGAACAAGAAGUACACUUACUUAGUUGGAAAGACCGUAAGACGAGAAGACCACAAGCACGGAUGUCUUAAUCCCUUUUUUUUUACACGACUUCUUACACCGUUCACACCUUAUAUGUGUUGAGAGUACUAACUUGUGUAUUGUCAAUGGCGUCUGUCAAUUCCGUGAAGUCCUUGAAGUCAUGUGGACAGAACGAUGGGUACUGGACGAUUGGUUCACUGUUUGGGGAUUUGUUGGAAAUUGCUUGGGAAUUGAUUCAUUUUCACUACACUUUAAGCUCCGUUGCUUUGUUAAAAGUUUCAAGGAACAUCCUCCUACUCAUGCUAAUGCUAACUCCAGCAUGCCUACAGAACUGUGUAGGACAAGACAGACUUUGACAGCAGUUUUGACCAAUUUGUUCACAUUUUGGUCCCACGUCCUGUUGGAAACGUGCUGUCAUUCAAGACUAAAAGCUGUUGCUCUCUGUAUCAUAGGGAAAUCUCCCUGUGAUAAAGAUUAACUACCCGAAUGUGGCAGACGGACACCAAAGGGAUGAUGCAGCAGCAGAUGUUUCAUGUUCCCUUUUUUUUGUAUCUGCUGAUUAGCCAUAAUUCAGUAUUAAGGGCAGCGACAGGUGGACGGAUUCCCAUCGCAGGUCUUCUUUUUUUUGUUCUCUCUCUUUCCUCCUCAGUCUGUACAGAAUUUUGUAUACUGGCCUAUGCAGCAGCCUUAUCUAACCACUUCCUUCCUACCUUAUCAUGUGACGGGAACCAAACUCUGCAGCUGGCUAGUUAUUAUGCUGAACUUACGCAAUGCUACGUCUCACUUUUUUUGAUUGGUGUGUUCCUGAUCUUCUGAUCUGGUCAGAAUGUGGUCAGAUCAGUUUUUUUUUCCUAGCAUUUUCUUAGCAAACAAGAUGUUCUUGCACUAAUUAAGCUAACUGUUUGGUUUUGCUGUAUCAGGUAGUUACUCAGCACCAAUGAAUGGCCUUCACAGUUCUCACUUGGGUAUGGGACACCUUUUAAGAAGCAACAGGGACACUAACUCUUUAAUGCUGCAUAAUAUAAAAAAAAUAUUUCAGACUUAUCAUUACUGUCACAAAAAUGCUUUUUUUUGUGGUUUGAUACAAAAAUUGACACUGUUCUCAUUUUCCAUGAUAAAUCUACCAGAUUUAGCAGAUUAUACAUCCAUCAAGCAUAACAUUAUGACCACCUUCAUGUUUUAACACCCAUAAAUAUUUGCUUUAAUUCCACUGAUCAUUAUUGGAGCACUUUGUAGUUCUAUAGUUACAGACUGUAGUUCUGUAGCAGCAGUUUUCUCUGCAAUGAUCAGGACCCCACAGGACCAUCACAGAGCAUGUCUUUUUUUUUUUUUUUGGUCAUUCUUUUCAACACUGCAAUGACUGUCUAAAUAACAAAGCUCCACCAUUCCAGUGUAGUAAGUGUUGGGUUGAUACAAGUGGAUCAGACACUGCAGCAGUUUCUGCUGGAGUUUUUAAACAUCUCAGUGCACCUUCUGGAGACUAAGAAUAGCCUACCAAUAACAUCCUGUGACUCUUAAUGAAGGACUAGAGGAUAACUGACAGCAGAUUUAUAGCCUCUACAAAGUCUCUGACUUUUUGCUUUAUCUGCAAGGUGGAGAAGCUCUAGGCAGGAAAGUAUAAUAUAGUGUAGAGUGAGUAAACACAGCAGUGCUGCUGGAGUUUUUAAACACAUUGGUGCACCUUCUGGACUUAGAAUAGCCCACCAAUAAUAUCCUGUGGCCCCUAAUGAAGGACUAGAGGAUAACUGAAUAAUGCAAACCGCGCAGUAGCAGCAGAUUCAGAGCCUCUACAAAGUCUCUGACUUUUUGCUUUAUCUGCAAGGUGGAGAAGCUCUAGGUAGGAGUACUUAAUAGAUUGGAGGACACUGAGUGAACACAGCAAUGCUGCUGGAGUUUUUAAACACUUUGUCUGAACCAUUUGUAUGACCAGCAUAUGGAAGCCCAUUCCUGCCACCUAAAAAAAAAUUUUUUUUUUAAUUAUUGUUGUUAAGUAAACUGCUAUCUCUUAAUUUUAAGAAAGUAAGACGUUGUUUUGAGAUAGCAAAUCAUUAUUUUGAGAUACUAUCUCAAUAUUUUGAGCUAGCAAGUCCUUAUUUUGCGAUACUGAGUCAAUAUUUCGAGAUACUAGCUAAUUAUUUUGAGAGAGUAUCUCAAAAUAAUGACUUUCUAUCUAUUUUGAGAUACUUAGUAUCCUAAAAUAAUGACUUUCUAUCUCAUAAUAAUGACUAUCAAUAUUCUGAGAUACUAAGUCAUUAUAUUGGAGGGAAAAAAACUUUACCUGCUGCUGUCUCAGUACAGUCUACUAGAAUCUCAAAAUAAUGACUUAGUAUCUUAAAAUAAUGACUUAGUAUCUUAAAAUAAUGACUUGGUAUUUAAAAAUAAUGCCUUAGUAUCUCAAAAUAUUGACUUUUUUUCAAAAUAAUGAGUUAGCAGUUUACUUAAUAAUAAUACAAAAAAUGGGCUGUUUUAUUUUUUAUUUAUUCUUUUAGGUGGUGGGAAUUGGCUUCCAUAUCUUUUUUUUUUUUCCUCCUAAUCAUUAUCAUAUCAGGUUGGAUCAGAUGUGAUGAAAUCUACUAAAAAUUCAGUUUUGUUCAGUUUUUUCCCCACCCAGUAUUUUGCAGCUGAUUACAGAAGUCACCUGUUGUUAUUUGUUACCAGUAUUAAAUACGUUGUCCACAGGAGUGAGUGCUUUUUGAUACCACCCACAGCAUUUCUGCUGCCACGAUUGCUUAAGCCUAGCUUUAGCCCUGUCAUUUGGGCCUUUUGUACUCUGUGGGCUGUAAUAGUAGUAGAACUAAUGGUUCUGAAGAAGUGGAGCAGAAAGGAAAUCGGAACAGAGCAUUUAGCAGCAGGGAUCCCUUCAGCCUUAAGUAGAUAUGACAAAAAUGCCAAAUGUAAUUCACCACAAAUUCGCCACCUCCCAAGUAACACUGGCAUUGAUUUGGAUAUCACUUAACACGGGAUUUUACAGGGGGUCUCCCCGGCUGUGUUGAUUAUUCAAAUAAGGGGCUAAACCUCCGACUUGAUUAGCUGAAAUGCUGAGCUCUAUAGUAUAUUUGCUUAAGCCACAGUACAGGGGGAAAUGUACAGCUGUUCCAAAAUAUUUGCAUAGCCUUUUUUUUCUGGAAGUCUUUAAGUUUUUAAACUAAAGAUUUAUUGAUGUCAGCGAAAUUAUGUCAAAUUACAAGGUCUGUGUUUAGACUCUUGCCUGCUGUUUUCCAUGUGUGUAAUAACACCACCCCUCCCCUCGCUAGCCUUUCUUACUUUUGUAUCUCCCUUAACGUGUAUUUUUCUUGCUCGGUGACCCUAAUGUUGAAAAAGCAGCUAUAUUUUUCAAUUAAAGCAAUUUGACGUCA